GGCCCUCCCGCCCGCGCACCUCUUCGGGGGGCUUCCCCUCCUCCUUCCUCCGGGGCGAUUUGUCAAACUUCCCCCCUCUUCUGCCAGCAGCAGCAGCAGCAGCAGCAGGGCUGUCCUCUCCUCUGUGCCGCCUCCUCCUCCUCCGCCGCCGCCUCCUCCUCCUCCUCCUCGGCAUCGUGCAUGCACAGCAACAAAAAAUAUAUCCCCGACCCAGCCCUCGAGCCGAGACUGGAGCAGCGCAGCGGAUCUCUGGGGCUAAAGCAACUCUUCCCACCCCCGCGCCGAGGCAGCCCCCCCCGCCGCCCGCAGCAUGCCGAGGAGGAAGCAGCAGGCGCCCCGGCGCGCAGCAGCCUAUGUUUCAGAUGAACUAAAAGCAGCAGCACUGGUGGAAGAAGAUGUGGAAGCUGAUGAAAACACAGCCGAUGGAGAGCCUUCUGCAAAAUAUGCAUGUCCAGAAAAAGACUUCAGUAAGAACUGCCAAAGCUACCAAAACUCUCCAGCAGCUGAAUUUUCAAGCCAUGAAAUGGACAGUGAAUCACAUAUCAGUGAGACGAGUGACCGCAUGGCAGACUUUGAGAGCAGUUCUAUUAAAAAUGAAGAAGAGAGCAAGGAGGUUUCAAUACCACUUGAAGACUCUACCGUAUCUGAUAGUUUAGAACAAAUGAAAGCUGUAUAUAACAACUUCCUCUCCAAUUCCUACUGGUCCAAUCUCAAUUUGAAUCUUCACCAGCCAAUUUCAGAAAAAAACAAUGGCAGCAGCAGCAGCAGCAGCAGUAGCAGCAGCAGUUGUGGAAGUGGCAGCUUUGACUGGCACCAGACUGCAAUGGCUAAAACGCUGCAGCAAGUUUCUCAGAGCAGAAUUCUUCCUGAACCAAGCCUUUUUAGCACAGUUCAAUUGUACAGACAAAGCAGUAAGCUUUAUGGCUCUAUAUUUACUGGAGCCAGUAAAUUCCGCUGUAAAGACUGCAGUGCUGCCUAUGAUACUUUAGUAGAAUUAACAGUGCACAUGAAUGAAACAGGACAUUAUCGAGAUGACAACCAUGAAACUGAUAACAAUAACCCUAAAAGAUGGUCCAAACCUCGUAAACGUUCUUUGCUUGAAAUGGAAGGGAAAGAAGAUGCCCAGAAAGUAUUAAAGUGUAUGUACUGUGGUCAUUCAUUUGAAUCUCUUCAGGAUUUGAGUGUUCAUAUGAUCAAAACAAAACACUACCAAAAAGUGCCUCUGAAGGAACCUGUUACACCUGUAGCAGCUAAAAUUAUCCCAGCUACUAGAAAGAAAGCAUCACUAGAGCUUGAACUUCCAAGUUCUCCAGAUUCCACAGGUGGGACACCAAAAGCACCCGUCUCAGACACCAACGAUGCACUUCAAAAGAAUUCCAAUCCUUACAUUACACCAAAUAAUCGCUAUGGUCACCAGAAUGGUGCCAGCUAUGCCUGGCACUUUGAAGCGAGGAAAUCUCAAAUUCUGAAGUGCAUGGAAUGUGGAAGUUCUCAUGACACUCUGCAGGAACUCACUGCCCACAUGAUGGUGACGGGACAUUUUAUUAAAGUCACCAACUCUGCCAUGAAAAAAGGGAAGCCUAUUAUAGAAGCCCCAGCAACGCCUACAAUAACAUCCUUAGUAGAUGAGAAGGUCCAGUCUGUGCCACUAGCUGCCACCACUUUUACAUCUCCUUCCAAUACGCCUUCUAGUGUUUCCCCUAAAUUAAAUGUUGAAAUAAAAAAAGAAGCAGAUAAAGAAAGAAGCACUGUUGAUGACAAAAUGAAAGAUAAAGAAAAGUCAAGUGAGGAUGAGGAGAAGUAUGAUAUCUCUUCGAAAUAUCAUUACUUGACUGAAAACGACCUAGAAGAAAGCCCUAAAGGGGGACUGGAUAUACUGAAGUCUUUAGAAAACACGGUUACAUCAGCUAUAAAUAAAGCCCAGAAUGGCACCCCGAGCUGGGGUGGCUACCCCAGCAUUCAUGCUGCUUAUCAGCUGCCUAAUAUGAUGAAGCUGUCAUUGGGUUCAUCUGGGAAGAGUACACCGUUAAAGCCCAUGUUUGGAAACAGUGAACUAGUAUCACCAUCUAAAAGCCAGCCCUUGGUAUCUCCACCAAGCAGCCAGACCUCACCUGUGCCAAAAACAAAUUUUCACGCCAUGGAAGAAUUAGUAAAGAAAGUCACUGAGAAGGUGGCUAAAGUAGAGGAAAAAAUGAAGGAGCCCGAAGGGAAGCUUUCUCCAAUGAAGCGUGCAACACCUUCACCGUGCAGUAGUGAAGUCAGUGAACCUCUUAAAAUGGAGGCCUCCAAUGAUGGUGGCUUUAAAAGCCAACAGAACAGCCCAGUCCCUCAAAGAGAUGGUUGCAAAGACAGUCCAACUGUAGAACCUGUGGAAAACGGGAAAGAGCCUGCAAAGUCAAUUGUAGGUUCUUUAAGUAGCAGCACGGCUAUCAUUACUGAUCACCCUCCUGAACAGCCAUUUGUAAACCCACUAAGUGCACUGCAGUCUGUCAUGAAUAUUCAUCUUGGGAAGGCAGCAAAGCCAUCUUUGCCCGCGUUGGAUCCAAUGAGCAUGCUUUUUAAAAUGAGCAACAGUUUGGCAGAAAAGGCUGCAGUGGCCACCCCACCUCUCCAGUCCAAAAAAACAGACCACUUAGACCGUUAUUUUUAUCAUGUCAACAAUGACCAACCCAUAGAUUUGACGAAAGGCAAGAGUGACAAAAGCUGCUCUUUGGGUUCAGCGCUUUUGUCAUCCACAUCGACAUCUUCUGCAUCUUCUUCAUCUACAGUGACAACAGCAAAGACAUCUGCAGUCGUGUCAUUCAUGUCAAACUCGCCGCUACGCGAGAAUGCCUUGUCAGAUAUAUCUGAUAUGCUGAAGAACCUGACAGAAAGUCACACAUCAAAAUCUUCCACACCUUCCAGCAUAUCUGAGAAAUCUGACAUUGAUGGUACCACAAUAGAGGAACCAGAAGAGAGUACACCAGCUCAGAAAAGGAAGGGACGUCAGUCUAACUGGAACCCUCAGCACUUGCUCAUCUUGCAGGCCCAGUUUGCAGCUAGUUUACGGCAGACUUCAGAGGGGAAAUACAUAAUGUCAGACUUGAGCCCUCAAGAAAGAAUGCACAUUUCCAGGUUUACGGGACUUUCAAUGACCACGAUUAGCCAUUGGCUAGCCAAUGUGAAAUACCAGCUCCGAAGGACGGGGGGAACUAAGUUCCUUAAAAAUUUGGACACUGGGCAUCCAGUGUUCUUUUGUAAUGACUGCGCUUCACAGAUCAGAACUCCUUCAACUUAUAUCAGUCAUCUUGAAUCGCAUCUGGGUUUCCGGUUAAGGGACUUGUCCAAACUGUCCAGUGAACAGAUUAACAAUCAGAUAGCACAAGCAAAGUCACCGUCUGAAAAGCUGGUGACAUCCUCUCCAGAGGAAGAUAUUGGAACUUCUUACCAGUGCAAACUUUGUAACAGGACUUUUGCAAGCAAGCAUGCUGUUAAACUUCAUCUUAGUAAAACACAUGGGAAGUCACCAGAGGAUCAUCUUCUGUAUGUUUCAGAGUUAGAGAAGCAGUAGCAUUUGCUUUUGAUUAAAAUAACUGUAAUUUGCUUUGAGGAAAACUGUCAAAGACGCCUUAAAGCUACUGUUUAAUUCUUGGCACAUGUUCUUAUUUUAACUCCAGAGUCGCUCUGGGCUGAACUGUUUUGUAUAACUGUACAGUGUUUAGAGGUGCAUAAUCAGCUGUUGUUACUGGUAAAAUAUGAAAGUUAAAAUGCAGUGGUAAGUGUUUGGAACUUUGUGUAAAUUGGAUUUAGUUGCUAUGCAUCCCUCUGAUGCAUCAAGCUGCAUGCAUUAACAG